AUGUACCUUAUUUAAAUAUAUUGAUCACUUUAAGUCAACACACUAAGGAAAAACACUGAAAAUUGUCUUAAAGUAAGUUGUUAAAUCGUGUAUCUACAAUUUUAGUCUUCAGAGAAAAACAGAAGUUUAAACAUGAAAAUUGCUCGUUUAUGUUACAAUAAUUUCAAAAGGAAGAAAGCUCAACUUCUGCUGGUGCUAUUUUUUCUAAUGGCGUUGACGGUUUGUUUUUACCUUACUAUUCAAGAGCCAACAAAAACAGUCAUUUACAUGGACGAUGUGAAUAGUAUUCUAAAAGGGUUAUCAAAACCACUGUUCUUGAAACCAAGCAAAGCAGACGGUUUUAGCUUUGAGCAAAGCGGUCGCAAAAUUACCGAGCACAAACUGGAAAACUUUCCUGACGACAUCACUGAGAAUCUCAGGGCUACUACGAAAGCGAGUGAUGUGAAGCAGAUUACAUUGAAUGAAAACAAUACGUUGGGAUACGUAAACAGCGAGUUUGGAAAUAAACUUGGACUUCCUACAGAGGAAACGCCAUUUGUUUCAUCUCACGAGAAAAACCAGACAAGCCAACAUGAAAAUAUUACAUUUUCGUCACAUGGAGUUUUAAACCUUCAUGUAUGGGAGAAAGUGUGUCAUUUUCAAGUGGAAAGUUUACGUCAGUUUAUCUUAUUCCCUCAAGCUCCAUCCAAACGAAGACUGUUAAAUUCGUCCUCUUUAUUCAGUGAAAAAGACAGUAACUUUGGAGAGCGAAUGUUCGGAUUCAUUUCACCUUCUACAAGCGGACAAUACCAGUUCGCUAUUUCGUCGAGCGGAAACUCGGAGCUGUGGCUGAGUUCCGAUGAGACAUUGGCGAACCUUCGGAAAAUUGCCUCCCUUGGUUCUCGGGAUAACCCUGGUCGCGGUAAACCUAGAAAUUACAUGACAGCUUCGUCUCAAGUUUCUAAAACUUUUUCGUUAACGAAACACAUAAAGUACUACAUCGAUGUGCUACACAAACACAAAUCGGGCAAAGUCCAUUUGGAGGUGGCUUGGCGAUUUGCAGAGGAAGCCGAAUUCAAAAUCAUAACAAGUGAAUAUCUGUGGGGUGCAAUGAACGACAGCCAUGUUCCUGAUAAUGCUGUUCAAUUAGCUGAUUACGAUGAGCAGCCGCAACAGUCACGUGACUCAAUCUGGCCGUAUUUUAACCCCGAGGGGGCUAGAGAAAUUUUGCCUGAAUGCCCGUAUGAACCGAGUUACCGGGUCAAACAUAAGCUGAUUCGAUUCCAGGGCGCUCGAAAUAAAAGCAACACACAUUUUGCUGCAGUGUAUCCUCCAGACACCAGCAAUAACUCUGUAGUACUAAUGUACAAUGAAGAUAUAUGGUGGCAAGAAAACGCUGCCGGAAAUGAGUUGACCAACCCAAAUAUGGCUAAAGGUGUUGCCCGUAUGUUCAUGGACGCUUUAGAAGCUAAAUAUCCUCAGCUGUACGCGCUUCAGGAGAUCAUUUCAGUGGAACAUGUACCCGACCCACUAAAAGGCGAUCGCUUUCUCCUGGAAUUACGAAUUAGUAAUAAACAAACCGGCAGGAGCGUACUCUUGUCAGAACACGUCUACAGAUCAUUAGCGAAAAAUAUUAGUGAGUUGUGCUAUCCAGAAGGAUUUCAAUGGAAUAAAACUGCUACUGUCAAUAUCAUCGUGCCUGUGAAAAACUCUGGUCGCUGGGCGCUCUACUUUAUAAAGAAUAUUGCAGAGGUAAUAAGUCAAACCCAGGACUUAAACGUGCACGUGAUUAUAGUUGACUACGAAAGCAAAGAUAUCGACAUAGAAGCAGUGCUUCAAAGGAGCUCGAUCAAGUGGUACUCGCUGGUGAGGAUCCCUGAAGAGCAGGGUUUUCAGAGGGCACUAGCUCUUCAGCGUGGCGCUGCAGUGGUGACCGAUCCUCACAGCAUACUCUUCAUGUGUGAUCUUAAUCUCAAGAUUCCUUCCAAUCUAAUAUCCACCAUACGUAAGCACUGCGUAGAAGGAAAAAUGGCGUUCGCUCCAGUAGUAAAAAGACUUCGAUGUGGUUAUUACCCGGAUGUUCCAUUCGGUUACUGGGAAACACUUGGUUUUGGAUUGAUAGCAAUAUACAAAUCUGACUUCGAUCUUGUGGGAGGAAUGAACAUACGGGAGUUCACAGGUUGGGGAGGGGAAGACUGGGAACUACUAGACAGGAUUCUUAUGUCAGGGAUGGAGGUCGAGAGACUCAAGAUCCCGGAUUUCUAUCAUUUUUACCAUCCUGCGUUUGCUGGAAGUAAUAAAAGAGUUGGCGCGUAAAACAAUAAAUUUGAGGAAUCAUUCCAUUUCAUGGUAGAAUCUGCUUCGAUCGCAUUUAUGACUGGUAUAAGAAAACUUCGCUAAUCGCUUUGCUGGAAACGGAAAUUCAAAAGUUUUCAACACGCAAUCAUAGCUGAAAACACUUUUGCAAGUUUUACAGAUGUAUACAUAACAUAACCCAACCCAAUAGUUACGAUUUUAAUUUCAUUUUUUACUCAAUGAUUCGGAAACCCUUACGAGCCAGCAAUUCUCCAAGAAAAUUAACAUUAAGAAUGAUAUUUCGGGCCGCGGAACGGUGCGGAUCAUGUACACUUUCUUCAGAAUCCUCAUUUA